AGCACAUUUAGCCCUUGGUUAGGGUAACCCUGCCAACAUGUAUAAUUGUAUCUUGGGGUCUGUUUUGGUGAAUUCUAAGAAUAUGCUCAACAGAGGGAGCUGUUAUCAAUAAUUUGCCGGGCCUGGUGGCAUUAAGCAUUAAGAAUCCGCCAUUUUACUUAUACUAAGUUCUCCAUUUUUCCUCACCAUUCUAAGACCCGAUUUGUGCAAAAGAAUACAAUUUCAGUUUUGUAAGGACCAGCAGUCAUCUGUAGAAACAAUAAAUCAUGUCUCGUUACCGUGAAUGGGAUUUGUCGUGCAAAGUAUAUGUGGGCAACCUUGGAUCCUCUGCUAGUAAACACGAGAUUGAAAGUGCAUUUUGUAAAUAUGGGCCUCUAAGGAAUGUCUGGGUAGCUAGAAAUCCUCCGGGAUUCGCGUUUGUAGAAUUUGAGGAUCCCCGCGAUGCAGAAGACGCGGUGAGAGGACUAGAUGGAACGAGAUGUUGUGGAACGCGUGUUCGCGUUGAAAUGUCCAAUGGAAGAUCUCGUCGAGGAGGUGGUGGAGGUGGAGGCGGCGGCGGCGGAGGAGGCGGUGGUGGUGGACGUAGAGGUCCACCAAGAUAUUCGAGGACAGCACCGCUGCUGUUAACUACUCCCCCCGAUUGAGCCCCAAAAAACAAAACUUCUUCCCUCCUGGCCACACAUCUCAUCAUCUUACAUCGACUACCACACCACCGCUACUACUACUACAUCCACCGUUGGUGGCGCGCCUACCUACUACUACUCAACUCAACUCAACAGCUUCUUUCUAUCAGAGAAUGGCUCAUCAACUACCCCUUCACCAUCUCCGCCCGUGUUGUCUCAAUAUAAACGACAAAGCGCCUACGAAUGUCUCAACCGAGCCGGCUUCUACCCCUCAAAAAAGCAAAAAAAAAA